UUGAGAAGGGAAGUGUUAAAGCUAGUCAAAUGCCGAGUUUGCAAGAUAUAGAGUCAAUGAUGGUUGGCAUCGAUGAUAUGGAGGAAUUUAAGCGGGUCUUCUUGAUUUUCGCUUGUGCAACCUUAUUGGCACCCACAUCUCAUUUGGAAGGUAGUCACUCAUUAUGGUAUACACCCCGAGAGCAGUUACUUGGGAACAUAAAUUGGGGAGAAUAUGUCUUAGAAUUUUUUAUUCAAGCUAUACAUGAACAUAGGAGGAAGGAAAGUGUUUAGAUUAAAAGGUGUUUGAUGUUUCUACAGAUAUUCUACUUUUCAAUAUCUAAUUUUCUAGCCAUGUAUGUGGAACUUACCACUCCUCGCAUUGCUACAUGGAACGAUUUUUUGGUCAAGCAACGCAUCAAGUUGGAGUUGGAAAUGCUUGGAGGAUUUGGCAAAGUUGAGUUGGUUAGCACAUCGGUGGAGCAAGAUGAAAUAGAAAAAAAUAAGGCUCCUGCAAUUGAUGACCCAAUUAACCCAGAUGAGAAUGAAGACUUUGAUGUUAUUUGUGCUCGCAUGGAGGCAACACAACGUCAAAUCACCGAUGCACAAAGUCAUCUUAAUAGUCUUAUUGCAUCAUACAACUGUGAUGUGAAAGUGUUGAGGACUCGUUUCACCUCUUCACACUAUCGCACAAUGAAGGCCAACAGUUAAAUUGUCAUGAACAUGUUAAUGAAAGUGGUGCACCAUUUUAUACAAAUA